AUGGCCACGAUUAAUGUUGGGGACACGGUUACAGUCCCGGGCGACAUGCACGGCGUGGUCAAGUUCAUCGGACCGGUUGCAGGAAAGAAAGGAACAUUUGCGGGUGUCCAACUCGCGCCUGAAUACGCUCCGAGGGGGAAGAACUCGGGCGAAGUCGAUGGCAAACACUACUUCAGAACCACUAUACCGGGCUCGGGCAUCUUCCUGCCGUUGGAAAAGGCCGUCAAGAGGUCGGGUCUGGGAGUUAGAGCAAGCCCAGGACCAGGCACUCCAACGAGACUGAGCAGUUUCAACCAGGGAGGCAGGACGCCGGGCAUGGUCAAGCCCAAUUUCAGUCAAUCGAUCGGCCCUGGCGUGAGGACUGGCGCCGCAAGCCCGGCCCUCAAGCCGCCAGUGAGAAGGGAAUCUCUACCGCGGCCAGCAAGCCCACUGCGCAAGGUCAACACACCUACGCCGAAGUCGUUGGGGACGCCCAAAACCAGGCCGAGCGGCAUCGGCUUCGCAAAGAGUACAACUGCAGGUCCGGGACACUACAAACCGGGACAGCGGCCCACCACCAACUUCAGCCGGAGUCUGCGACAGAGCUCCUCCACACCGAACCAAACAGGCGCAAGCCCUUCGUUGGGACCGGAAUCAAGUUUCGACGAGGCCCGAGAGCAAGAGGCGGAAUCGACGCCGACGCCAACACCCCAUGCCAGUCGCUCGGCGGAUGUUCAUGUUGAAAAAUACGAGGUCAAGAUACGAGAGUUGAAUGAAGAGCUCAGUGAAGCAAGACGACAAUUACGUGAACAGAGCGGCAAUAUUGCAGAAAUGGACCGCAACUUCAAUGAGCUGCAAAAGUUACUGCCAGCAUUGGAGGAAGACCAAGCCGGGAAGCGAGGUCGUGCGGAUGACGAGGAGGAUCUGCCACGAGAUGUCGCCUCUCUUCGCGACAUCGUACGGGAGAAGAAUGAGAAGAUCAAGCUGUUGACUGCCGAAUUCGACGCACAUCGAGCGGACUUCCGCUCCACGAUUGACACUCUGGAAAUGGCGAGUACUGAAACCGAACGAGUGUACGAGAAGAGGGUCGACGAGCUGCUCGACGAGAUCCGGACUCUGCAAGACCGCAGCGAAGAUGUCGAGAGCGUGGCCCAGCAACUUAAGCAGUUGGAAGAAUUGGUUCAGGAGCUCGAAGAGGGCCUGGAAGACGCUCGGCGCGGCGAGGCCGAAGCACGCAGCGAAGUCGAAUUUCUACGAGGCGAGGUGGAGAGAUCCCGGUCUGAACUACGGAGGGAAAGGGAACGAUUGAGGACAGAAGAGCAAUUGAAUGGGUAUUCACCGGGCAAUUUGCAAGAUCUGGAAACUCAGUUGAGCGCCAAAGACGACGAAAUUCGGGGGUUGAAAGUGAUCAUCCAGAGCCUCAACGAGUCACAACACAAGGAUGACUCGAAGAGGAAUGGCACGACCAGUAAUGCCAAUGGGAAUGGAACCGGGAACGGCCACCCUCUGAACGAAAAGACGACGUUUCCGCCCGAGGAUGACAACCGCUUCAGCCUACAACAGCAGAUCCGCGACCUCGAGGCCCUUCUCCAGCAAAAGAGCGCGCACGAAGAAGAAUUGGCGAACGAGGUCAAACAGCUGCGGAACAGCGUCACGCUGUCCAAGUUCCCCCUGCCAGGGUCAGCCUUCGGCAUCCACACUGGAAUAAGAUCCGCCGGACAUUCGCGUGGAAACAGCGAGGAAUUGGACCGCAAGCAUUUGAGCUCUGGCACGACAGGCAGUCAGAGAACCGUUGUCGUCGGCCCCGCUUCUUCGAAGUCGAAGGGGGGUAUACACGCCCGGAAGCAAAGCCAACAGACACAAGACUGGCAUGACGCCAGCACCUCGCCGGUCAAACAUCACCAAUACAUUGAUCGAGACGGCGAUGCAGCAGGCUCCGAUGACGGCGUGACCGACGUCUCGUCCUCGAGUGCAAAUGCAGGUCUGUGGUGUGAGAUUUGCGAAGAAGGCGGGCACGACAUCCUGAGCUGUUCCAACAUGUUCGGCCCUGCGCGCGAAGGCCAGAGCCAAGGCCACGGUCCGGGACACGGCAGCUUAGGGAGCAGAAGCGGCAAGGAUGCCGUUCGCGAAGGGCUCAAGCGCAGCGGCGACUACGACCGCGGUCGUGUAGGACCGGGCUUAGGGGGGCUGGAAGAGCCCGACAGACCGGCGCCGCUGAUGAGCCGGAAGAACACCAGCAACAGCGCCGCUUCCACCCCAUCCAACCCGCCGCCUACCUCGGAACUUCCCUCUCCUCCUGUUCACGACGACACCUCACCGUCGCCGUCGGCAUCGCGCCCCAAAUCCGACGCCACAGCACCCCCCAGAGUUGCACCUGCACUAAUCGAAGGCACUGGUGCGCAAGCAGGUAUGCUGGCCGGCCGCACGACAGGCGUCAUCGAUCCGGAGAAAUGGUGCGCCUUGUGCGAGCGUGAUGGGCACGACUCGGUCGAUUGUCCUCUCGAAGACGCUUUUUAG